AUGACAACACUCAAACUCUACCCUGUCGUAGUCGAAGACUGCUCUGCACUCGCCGACAUCUGGUUGGCAGCCUUUUCCGACCCCGCAUCCCGCGUGCUGUUCCCUAAUACGCUUGGUGUGCGUCAGUGGCUCGAAUCCGCUAUUUCAUAUGAUUUACUUCAACGGCCGUUCCAGCACUAUGUUAAAAUCGUAGACUCGGACGCAACUACGAACAAAGGCCAAAGACUAGCCGCGUAUGCAAAAUGGGAUCUCUCCACGGCCGAAGAGCGGGGAGCCCGAUAUCCGGCGUGGCAUGCUGACAUGCCUGCUGAACAAUGCGAAGCGUUCGUGAUGCGUGGGGAGAGUAACAGGAAACGCAUUAUGGGAGACCAGAAACAUAUUUUCCUUGAUAUUGUUCUUACGCAUCCAGAUUACCAACGGCGGGGAGCUGCAUCGAUGCUUCUUAAAUGGGGAUGUGAGUUGGCUGAUUCGCAGGGCCUUCCGAUAUUUGUCAGUGCCAGUCAGGAGGGGGCACCGUUGUAUGCCAAGUUUGGGUUUGUGGAUCGUGGUGCUGGAGGCACGACUUUGAUGGUUCGUCAGAACGAAUAG